AUGGGCUCUCUGCCCGCAGCCAUGAACUGGACAGAGGCCGCGGACGCCGGGGCGGUCUUCGGGAAUCUCAUCGUCAUCUGGAUCAUCCUGGCCCACAAGCGCAUGAGGACCGUCACCAACUACUUCCUCGUGAACCCGGCUUUCUCCGACGCCUCCAUGGCUGCCUUCAACACCUUGGUCAACUUCAUCUAUGCGCUUCACAGCGAGUGGUACUUCGACGCCAACUACUGUCGCUUCCAGAGCUUCUUUCCUAUCACGGUGGUGUUCGCCAGCAUCUACUCUAUGAUGGCCAUUGCGGUGGACAG